UUUUCAAAUGCUGACACGUGGCCAAUACAUGGAGCAAGAAUUACUUAAAUGCCCAAUUUGCUCUUAUUAUCAUUUUUUCUAAUGUUAGGUGCCAAAAUGGCAUCGUUUCUUUGGCGUGUAACAUCGCCUGAUUUUCUGCCCGUGAAAUCUGGGACAUGCGAGCAUUGUUUAUUUCCUGCAUUUUGCAGAUGUGAUUGCCGUGAAUUAUGGUGGACUCUGCCGAAAGAGUGGUUGCUUAAUUCUUAAGCAAAAAAAUUGGUCAAAACUAUGCAAGAUUUUCUUUCACUCAUUCCCGUUCUUUUCUUCCAUCAAGCUCUAGACUUCUCCACCUUCUCCUCUCUGUACAACAACCGAUUUUAUUUCCAAAAUUAUGGUAAGGAAGAACAAUAAAUUCGAGAAGGAUGGAGAGAAGAAAGGGAAUUUGGCCUGCUUCUCGCAAGCGGCCGUCGUGGGUGACCGCCAGAUCCCAGCUCCACAGGCCACAAGGAUCGCCGCUUCGUCUGCCAUCGACUGAAAGAAGGGAAAAUUUCCAAAAUCAAUUAAAUCCUCAACAUGAUUCAACACAACGUGUCUCAAUUCAACUACGGAUUCUGCCACUUCAAGCAUCACGACCUGCUCCUACGUCGCCAUAGCUCUGCGUCUUUUGUUUAGACUUUCCCUCAUGUGGAGUUGGACGACGACCUCCAAAAGUACCAGCGGGAGAACUGCAGACUCUAAAAUUAAGAAGACCAUGAGAGCAUCAAAAACAGACUCGCUCUGGUUACAUGACCAUGCUCAAAAAUUUGCCGCAACUCCAAAGGGAUCCUGUCGGAUCAACAACGUUCGAUCUUCGCUCGAAGAUGCCGAACCUUUGCAGAUUACAACAUCAAGAAAGCUUGUGGAACAGAAAAAGCAGCAGGGAGCAGCUCGGAGUGAAGCUGCAGGUUGCCUAACUAAGCAAAAUAGAUCAUUUCGACGUAUCAAGGCAUCCGCCCUCCGCAACAGCCGUGAUUUAGUAGAAUCUGAUGGCGUAUCAUUAAAGCUAAUGUGGUUUUUUUGCCGGGCAAAUAUGAUCUUAAACAGCGUAAUCGUAGCAGAGGAGAAGCAUUUACCUCUGAUAAUCACAGACGAGGGUGAUAAGGGUAUCAGGGGUGCCUGGACAAUCCGACGACAUUCGAGAGUCUGGACAUGGAUCCGGAGCUCGAAGGUGAAGUUUCGCCUGCGAUAUGGAAUUACAAGACUCUCGGGUAAAAAAAAAAAUAUUGCGAUUUGGAUUAUUACAAUUUUACUUUUAUUAUUACAAGAGAUGUAUUUACAAGGUUACAAUUUUAUUUGAUUAUUACAAUUUUACUUUUAAAUUUUUUCUUUUAUUUCACUGAAAAAAUGGUUGAGUCUGACUGCACACAUUUAGGGCCAAAUCUCGCUUUCGAAAAGGGCAGGGGCAGAUAUUUUGGAUUUGUUAAGACUGCAAGUUAAUGAGGAAAUGUGGUGUAUAUUAUGAGCUCUAGCAGGACGCAAAAUCUGUAAAUUGAAAUUUAUCUCGUUUGUAUAGACAAUCAUAAAUUUGGAAGGGAUUAAGUUAAAGUAUUAUACGCUUCAAUCUUUAGUCAAUCACCUUUGGAGUUUUGAAUGUUAAUGGAGUUACUGUGCAAUAUUAUUCUAUAUAAACUCUUAUACAAUUAGCAGAGGUUGGGAAGUUGAUGACAUUGGUUGUUAGAUG